CUCAGGACUAUUUGAAAACGUCCUGCUGUGGCUGGUGUGGGAUGUGGGGGCUUUUGGCUGUGGGCAAGUGAUUUUAGAGCUAGAACUUGCCUUUGAAGACAACAGUGUUCCUGGCAUAAUGCCAGAAACUUCUGAAACUUCUAUGAAAUGAGCACUUCUGACUUCCCCCACAGACAUUUGAAACACAGACCUUCUUGAUAGAAAUUGACCAACUAAAGAAUGAACACUGCCCCCUUCCCCGCUGCACUGUCAUUUCAACCUAAGUCCCCCAGGACCCUGAAGCUGUGUGGAGUGCAUGUCGGAGACAUGAGGCUUCCUUCAGGACAUCAAACAUUUUAUCGAAAGGCUCUUAUUUGCUGGAUCUUGCACGAGGCAUCCAUAAUAAUUUUAAUCGCUUAAAGAGUAAAAAGUAAGAAAACACUUGCACCUCCACGAUGAUGUAACUGUUUGAUGGUUUUUCUUCUUUGCCCGCCACUGAAUUCCUUCUAUCCCUUCACAGUACCUCAACUGAGGAAUAAGCAUCUCCCAUCUCCACCAGGCCUUUCUGGUUCAGCAGAUACUUGUGAGGGAGGAACUCAGGUACCUCAUUGUUUGGUAGGAUAAAGUCAAGGAAAAUCAACCCAGGGUAGCCUGUAGCCAACGAGAAUGGAAACAAACAUUUCACAGGAAAUGCUGCCUCGAUGUCCUUUUCUUUUUGCCUGUUGACUGUUUGUUGAGCCAGGGAUAAAGAUCCACCUUAAAAGAUUGGUGCCUUUUAACACAGAGCCUUAAGCAACCCUGGGACUCUAGUGCAAUUUGUCCCUGAAAUGAAUGCAAAUGUGGUUUCUAACCUGGCAGCGAAGUCUCUGCAAAUAAACACCACUGGCUAGCUGCCUUAGGGAAAUGUCGUGAUUCAGUAAGGAGAAGCUCCACGGCCAUUGGUAUCCAACAAGAGAAAGACAAAAGUCUGAUAUGGUUUUUCACCCUUCCUAUUCAUACAGAAGAUUUCAAACAAGAAAGUAUUCAGCAGUGGCUGGACUCUGGAUUCUUUGUCUCUGUAAAUGAAAACCCUCAGCAAGUCAUCGACCACGCUGGUAUUCCUUCUGACUCUUGCGCACCAGCCGUCAGGGCCACAACACAGUCCUCUUGAAUUUAAAUUUUUUGAGGUGGGACAAUACUAAUUUUUCUUUUUAUGUCAAGCAAGUGUCUAUGGAAAUGCAAAAUGGCCACAUCUGGAUCUUAAAAUCAAAAGGACACAUCAAUUUCUUUGUAUGAACAAGGAAUGGUUCAAAUGACCGUGAAAGACUAUAUGAGAUCUUUGCAUCACUUUUCAGAAACUCCCACUCUAUCCAGAGGGACCAGCUUCAACUCUUGCCAUUCUGCUGCAAGUAUACCACAAAGCGUUCCUGAAUGGCUGGAAUUUUGGGAAAAAGAUCCAGUGGAGAUUCUCUUGGAUCUGGGGUUUGGUGCUGACGAGCCGGACAUCUGCACACGAAUCCCAGCCAGAUUCCUGGGUCGUGGCUCAGCUGCCAGAGGAAUCAAUAUCCGUGUUUUUCUUGAAGCUCAAAAGCAGCGAAUGGACAUUGAGAACCCUAACUUGUACAGCCGUUUCCGACAGUUGGAAAUUCUGGACCAUGUGGCCAAUGCCUUUUCAUCUUUGCUGAAUGAUGUUAACAUUCUGCAAAACAAAACUGAAGAGAAAGAUGAAGGAAAAAGUGUGCAAAGAACCUCAGUGAGUGGAGCUAAAGAGCAUCAGAGAAGAAUGGGUGAACUUUUCAGGAGAGCUUCAAAGCAAAACCUUAGGAGGGAUUGUAGCCCAGAAGAAUCAGAGUCAUUGAACAUGAGGGACAGAUUUUCCAUUCCCUCUGCAAAACCAGGAGAGUGUGGAACAGAGUUACCAGCUGCGACAAACAGCUAUGACCACAGUCAUUUGUCUCCUUCCGCAGAGCAUCAGUCUCCCCAAACCUGUGUUGACUUGGUACCUCAUCAUCCUCCCCAAGCUCUUCUGAGCAAGACUCACUCAUCCAUGUUGGCCAAGAAUGCUCUUCCUUCCAAUGUGUCUGAGAGGUCAGUCAAGGACAGAACUCCAAAGGAGAACUCAAUUCAGACUAACAAGCUUAAGAGCUUGUCUCGUCUUGCGGGCAAAGCACCAGACUCCUUUGAGAUGGAAGAGGUCCAGAGCUUUGAAGAAGAGACUGGUAAUCCUCUUGACGCGACUUCAGGAACUGUAGGUGCCACUGUGAACAGAGUAAACAGCUGCCACUCUGACAGCAGCGGGUUCCUAGAGGAACCACUGGAACCCCCGCCCCUGCAGAUGCCUUCCUUGCCAGGCAGCCAGAGUCCUGCUGAGAAUGAAUGUAGAAAGCCAAGGGAUCAGAGCCAGCACUUAGUGUCAUACCUGGACUGCCAGCAAGAGUCAGAUGAGUCUGAUUCCAAGAGCAUGUUGAGCACAUCUUUUUCAAGUCAAGACUGGAGUGCCUUGGAAGAAAAGGCCUCAACAUCUGUGGCAGAGAAAGAGUCUCAGUUUGAGGCCAUGGAGGGGCCACCAGAGCUGUUGAAACAAGAUAUGGCCCUUGACAAGACCAUCCCGGGGGGAGCAUACCCAAGGAAAGACAGCCACCUGAGGCAGCAGCCACCCAUACCCCAAACUGAACAUGAGGCCGUUGGAGGCACAGUUACCUCCAAAUGUGAUUGCCCUGUGGGGUUUAUGGUGACUCACAUCAUGGAAGCCAAGGAUAGGUCUCUGAGGCCUGAGGGAGCUGGGGAAGUGUAUGUGCAAAGCCACCACGGCGAGUCUCAAAGGUCACCUGGAAUUGAUCAUGUUCAAGACAAGUUCCUUUGCGUUGACUCUGAGGCCCCGAGAGGAGUAGAGAGCAGUAAAGUCUGUCUUGAUAGCAACAACACCUUACUGAGACAGGAAAGUCCACCACAGCGUGUCCCCAAGCCCAAGGAAGUCACACCCGAUACAGUUGACCUUAUCCAAACGUCUGAAAAGUCCAUUCCCCACCUAGAUAAACUGGCUAGAGACACCCCCCAGGCAAAUCCAAAGUGUAGUGCUCUGGGUCAGAUACCACUGAGGGCAGAACCUGAGACGGGAAACCUUCCUCCAAAUGCUGACUCAAACACUGUUAGCUCCAAGUCCGUGACAAUCCAGAUGUCUUCCUGUCUGACAUCGGCUAUUCAGAAUGCUGUGGCCUUGGGGACUGAUUCUAGAGAAACAACUUUACAAUGCACUAUGUGUGACCCUGUUACCACAGGACUGGGGACAGAGGCAAAACAGUUCAAUGAUGUUUCCGUUCAGACUUGUAUAUGUGAGCCCAGGCCCUGGCAUUGCUGCUCAGCUCCAAGCAACAAGGCCCAGCCCUUCACCAAAUCUGUCUCUCUAGACACAGGCUACCCUGGUAUCUACCCCGUGGGCAUCUGCCACUCCGUACCUGCCCACUGCUGCCUCUGCCAUCAUCAACAUCCCCACUGCCACCGAGAGAGGCAAAGCCCUAGGCCUGGCACCUCAGCCUGCAGGCAUUGCCCGUGCUCUCGUGACCUGGAAGCCCAGUUCAUGAAGACUUUGAAAGUCCUUCAGGACGCUACAGUGAGGGAGCUGUGUUCUUGCACAGUCCACGAGAUGGAAGCAAUGAAGAUGGUAUGCCAGAGUUUCCGGCAGCAUUUAGAGGAAAUUGAACAGCACCUUACAGGACAGCAGGCACUCUUUUCCUGGGACAUGUCAGAGGAGGACAGGGAGGAGGCCAAGGAACUGCAAAGUUUACGGGAGGCCCUGCGGCAGCAGCUGGAAGAGCUAGAGUUUCAACUAGGAGACCGGGCCCAGCAACUCAGAGAAGGGAUUCUGUCGCAACUUGAGCUUCUCACAGGGGAACCCCAUGAACACUAUACAGAUCUGCAUCAAUAUAACUGGACAGAAGAAAAGAAUGGCCAGACUUCAUGUGCUGACAUCCACCAAAGCAUGGCCCCUGGGGCUGCCUGUCCUCCUGAUGAUAGCCACCAGGCUUCCCGCCCAGGUGUGACCCAUUUGGCUGCCUUUUCUCCACCCACCUUGGAGAGCAGCCCCAGGAUGCCUCCUCCAGCUCUGGCAGAGUUAGGUCCGGUCCCUUUGUCAAAUCGUCCUGUUGAAGAAAAACAUACAAAUGUCUUCCUCUAGAUCAGAGUGGGUUUGAUGAUCUUCCUGCAAAAUGUAAGAGCACAUUCUAGCCAGAGCAAGGAUAUCUAAGUUUUCCCCAAGGAGAAGUAUCUGUCAAUCCUUCAUCAGCUAUUAUUUUUAAUAUUCUCCUCUAUGGUUAAACCCAGGAGGAACUCAGAAUAUUUUAAUACUCAUUCAAUGUGGAAUCAGUGAGUAUCUGCUAUGUUCCUGGCGUAGGGAAUAUGGGGUGGCUGAGAAAUACAUAUCUCAAGGUAUACGUGGUGUACAGUCUUUGCCCGGCUGAACCUUACAGCCUCCUGGGGGAGAUAGAAUGUAAACAUGAAUUUGAAAGCUAUGAAAGUGCUUUGAAGGAAAUAACAGAGUUUUAUGAAAGAGAGCAUAGCAGAGAGUCUGAUUUACAUCAGGGUAUCAGGAGGGCCUGGUUGAGGGAGUGACAACAGAAGAGGGAAAGAAGAUCCAGGUCUCAGAGGUAGCACACUGUCCAAAAGCCUGGAGUCAGUGGGCCAGCCAGCAGUAUGGAUGAAGCACCCGUCAUGUGCCAGGAACUCUUCCUGUGCUGGAGACAGAGUUGUGAACAAGACAGACAAAAUGUCUACUCACAAAGAAGUGGACCAAGGGUGAAAAACAACAACCACCGCCACAACAAAUAAAAUAAUUUCAAUACUGACAAGUGCGGUGGCAAAGACAGCAUGAUAAUACUGUUAUGGGUGAUGUGGGAUGAAAAGCACAGGGGGGUUGAGGAAAGCCUUGUGAAAGGACAGCUGUUUGGGUAAGACCUGAAUGGAGGAAGAGGAAGCCGUGUGAAAUUCUGGGGAAAGAACAUUUAAAGAAUAAGGUAUGGAAAGUUUGAAGACCCUGAGACAGAAACAGCCAGAGUUGCUGAGUGUGUGAGUGAUGGGGGAGUGGAGGGAGAGAAAGGCCUGGGAGGAGGGCUCAGGGCUGACUGCCGGCCGGAAUCUGAGAGCCGGGAUUAUGUUUCCAAGUGUAAUGGAAAGCCAUGGCAGUUUGAAGCAGGGUUGUCAUAUGAUGUGAUUUACGUUUAAAAAUCAUGCUGAUCCCUUGAGGAGAACACAGCACUGGGGACUUCCAGCUGGGCAGAGCUCCCAGUUAGGAGACUGUUGGUGUAAUCCCUGAGGUGAGGAGCAAAGCUGUCAAGCUGCCUCCAUCCAGCUGGGAGGCUUGCGAGGCGCCGCCUGCAGUGAAAUGCAGGGACGUGUCCACAAAGGCUGAAUAUACUUGCAGUCUCUAAGUACCGCAGGAAUUCUAAGGAAUGGGGAAUACGUGAAGGAUGGAAUAGUCAGAAAAACUCCACAGAAAAAGUAAUGCCUCGAGGGAAGUUCAUCAUUUGCAUAAGAAGAUGGGCAAGUGGAGGUCACUUCCCAGCAAGGAAGCCAAGAAGCUAUUUCUUUUGAAACUACCCAUUCCCCGAACCAAGCUCAUAGCCUAUUUCCGUUCUUCGUCCUCCUUGUUUUCUGGAAGCUUUUGGCUUCAGUGGAGCCCUCCUUCCCUUCAGACCAUCCCACAGUUUCCUUUGUUGACUGUCCUUCCUCAGAAGGUAGACAUCCUUCCUCUGUCCUUAAUUCUCUUUCUCUCUCCACACGGUCUUCCUAAAUAGACACAGUCACUCGAUAGGCGUGCAUACCCCCAGCUCCCAGCUCUCUCCAGAAUUUCUGUCCAGAAUUUUCUCUUCUCUGCAAGAUAUUUCUCACCUUGAAGGCUCGCCUUUAUGCCUCACUCAGUAUCUAAAACUGAUCCCAUGAUUUCCCUGAAUCAGUUCAUCUUGCUGGUACUUCUGUCAAUACCAUUGCCAUUCUCCUUGCCAUGCAGACUCAAAGCCACAAAUUUGCAUUGUCUCCUCAUUCUCCUUCACCCUUUUCCCUCUGAAUCAGUCAAUUAUCACAUCAUCACUGAGUCUACUGCCACAAUUUAGUUCCCAGAAGUCCCUUUAGAAGCAGUUACCCGGUGAGGGCACAGCUAGGGGGCCUCCUCACUGCCCGGAGCUUCCUGCUCUCUGAACUACGCUGGCCUCUGCCAGAUUGUCUCGCUCAGGCACCGCUGGGUCAUAUUUCCCUGGCCUAGGGUGAGUACCCAGGGAGUACUUUUUGGAUACCCCAGAGAAUUAGAGAGAAGUCACAAGAUCACACUUCCCAGAGCAGUCUUGCCCCAAAACCUCUGUGCCCUGGAAUUACUCUGCCCCCCUCCUUGUGUCUUGCUGCCUCAUUUCCCUUUACCUCAUCCCUAUUUUGGCUCCUACCUCAUGGCUCAGCUUCCAGCCCCAACUUGGCUCCUGCUGUACUGCAUUUGUAGCCCCAAAUUGCUUCACUUUCUAAACUCCUUAAGUUCUUCCCCUGGGUCAGACGGUUGACCUCCAUUUCUUCAAUGCAGACUUUGAAAAGCUUGCCUGUGGUUUCUGCCUUGCUCCUUCCUCACAACACCUCUUGAACGAAGAGGGACACCCAACUCUGAGCCCUCCCUAACCCAGCAGCCGUCUACGUUACAGGUCUCAUAUCUUGUUCAGCCCUAGUAUGAAUCUUAACUGCUACUCCCCUAAAUCCCCUCAUGCUUUCCUGCUCCCUUUCAAUUGCUAAGACACAUGAAUUACCUCUCCAGAAGUCCGGGGUUAGACCCCCUGCAGAAGCUAUUUUUUCUCUUUUUGGGUACUCCUAUAGUACUUCGUGCUUUUAUUAGGACACUUGUAACCCACUGCCUACUGCUUUGUGUUACCAUCAUCUGUGUAGGUCAUAUCUUCUCCACUAAACUUAAAGCUACUGGAGGGCUGUGUAGCACCCUCUACCUUUGUGUUUAAGAGAGACUAUCAGGAUGAAAGUUAGUGCUCCCACCUUUACCACAUGUGCCCUGGACAUUGCUCUCCUUGCCCCAGUUUCCUCCUCUGUAAUAUAGGAAUAAGAAAAACAACAUAGUGUCGUUGAGCAGAAUAAAUGCAGUAAAUCACGUGCAGGGUUUAACCCAAUGCCUAUCACAUUGUAAGUGUUCAAUGUAUGUUGGCUAUUAUUACAAGUGCACAUACCAAGAACUCAAUAAAUGCAAGCUCGUAUUAUUA